GCCCCAGGCACAUCGUCGUUUGCUGCCGGUGCGCUGCGCAGAACGGACUCGCCGCGCCCACGGAGUUCUUCCAGUGCUUCUCCUGCCAGGCCACGGUGCUCCCGUGGCGGCUGCUGGUGGCGGUGCGGCCGGGCGGCGGCGGGAGGGCGCCCAGCGGCGCUUCGCGGAGAGCAUGCCGCUGUCUGCGGCGCGGGGAGCGCGGGCGGCUGCCGUGGGAGGAGGCGCGG